UGCUUAUUGGGUGUAUAGAAAACAAAGCCAUGGCAACACUAAUCCGGCAUAAUUCUUGGCUUUGUAUAAGCUCUUGAGUUAAAACUAAGCACCCUACAGCUUCACCCAGUACAACCAUCCUCUUUCCUACCAACCCCAAUACUAGACAGAAUGACUAUUGCCCAUAUCAGCAUUCCUUGCACCGAUUUAAAUGUAUCGGAAGAGUUCUAUGCUACCAUUUUGAAGCCUUUAGGCUACAAAAUAUAUGUUAAAACUGGCACCAAGAUAUUCUUUAGAGGAAGAUGGUCGUUGGACUCCGAAUUUUCCUUGAGAUAUGAAAAGUCUGCUGAGCCAAUUGGGGGCGUUCGCGUCACUAUUUACGCAUCAUCCAAGGCACAAGUUAACAAAUUUUAUGUUCUCGGUCUGUACGUAUCUCACUCCUCAAUAAUCACUAUAAGGAUCCACUAACCCAUCGCAAGAACCAAAGCGAACAACAUCGCCAGCGGAGCUACUAACGACUACCCAAGUGCCUACACAGCCUCUAUUGUCGACUUUGACGGCAAUGUCAUUGAAGCAAUAUACUUCAAAUCAUACAUUCCCAAGUUCAUAAUCCCUGCUCGGGUCACUCCGCAAGCACUCUUUUGCGCGAUUUAUUUCAUAACUCUAUUUUUCGUCUCAAGGGAGCUGGGAGGGAUCUAUUGCUACAUCUUCGACGCACUAUCGUUCUUCCUGGUGGCAGAUAUCAUUUAUCUGGGGCUUGAUCCGGAGGGGUCAGUAAGGAGAUUGGAAGAUUAUGGACUGUUGGACAUUGGAACACGGGACUAUCUGUCAAAGUCCAGGCUUCCAUCUGUGAGAUAUAGAUGAAAAUUUGAGGCAGUUCUCUUGAGGUUGAGGUUUCUUCCGACAAACUCGGGGUAGGGAUCUAAGCUAUUGAAUAAGCACCUUUACUACUACUAGAUUUGACAUUUUCAACUACCCA